AUGUCUCAAACUACAACCCUAGACCAUGCGACCUCGUCCAAAAAAGCGACGGCCAGCAGGAAAGACAACUCAGGGUGGUCCAAGUUCACAAGCAAAUUCCACAUGAGGCCACCAGACGACGACGAGCCUCAAGACUGGUGGUUCGCAUCCACUGCAAUUCCCCUCGCUGCAGCGACUACCGGGCCUCUUGCCAGCCUCAUGGCCAUAGUGGCCUUGGUCAGUCCCUGGCGAAGUAAUAUUCUGUACGACCAGGAAGGUGUAGAUGGUACCCCGGUACAAGUGGGGUUUGCGGAUCCUCGAUGGUGUGUCGCGCUGAAUGCGACAUCGCUUGCGUUUGGUAUAUUGGGGAAUUUCUUCCUGCUGUGCAAUUUCACCCGUCUAGUGCGGUAUAUCAUUGCGCUGCCUGUGUCUAUCUUUCUAUGGAUGGUGUCGACGGUCAUAUUGAUCGGACUGACGGUGUCCAUGCAUCUCCAUCACAGCCCUAUCCCCCCUAACCAAACCUACUCCCAAGCCUACUGGAGCGCCGUCAUCUCCGCAGUGCUCUAUUUCCUCCUCUCCACGAUCCUCAUGAUAAACAUGCUGGGCUACUUCCUAGGCCACUACCCCCAGAACUUCGUCCUAACCAGCGACCAGCGAACCCUGAUCCUCCAAACAACAAGCUCUGUAGUCUGGCUCGCCAUCGGAGGUGUCAUAUUUAGCCACGUCAUGGACAUAUCCUAUGCAAACGCCGUGUACUUUUCCGACAUCACGAUCCUCACAGUCGGGUUCGGCGACAUCACGCCAACAACUGCGCUCGGCCGCGGCCUGGUUUUCCCAUACGCUGUUAUCGGCAUUGUCAUGCUUGGUUUGGUUAUCUCGAGCAUUCAUCGCUUUAUACAGCAGAUUGAGCGACAGGACGUCCUCCUCCACCAUGCCGAGCGCAAGAGGAGGGCCGUGGUGCGGCAGUCUGAUGGGACGGAAUCAGGCGCGGAGAUUGACUUCCAGCGGCGAUAUACGCGGAGGAAGCCAAUCGUCAGCAGGAUCCAUGCGUUUACUUGGAUAGCGCGGGGAAGCACACUCUCGAAGCUGACGCAGAUGAAAGAAGAGCGGGACCGAUUCGACGCCAUGCGCGCCAUUCAGACCGAGACGGUGCGGUAUCGGCGCUGGAUGAACCUUGCUAUCAGUGUUCUGGUCUUUGGGAUUAUGUGGGCGGUUGGUGCCGUUGUAUUCUGGGCGCUCGAGCACGAUCUAACGUAUUUUGAGGCGCUGUAUUUUUGCUUCACUUCUCUGCUGACUAUAGGCUAUGGAGAUAUCACGCCUACUACCAACGCUGCAAGGCCGGUGUUUGUUGUCUGGUCUCUCCUGGCUGUACCGACGAUGACGUCCCUGAUCUCAAAAAUGAGUGAUACGCUUGUCGAUGGUUAUCAAAGGGUUACGAAUGGUGUGGCUGACUGGACGGUAUUGCCGCAGUCGGGCCAGUAUAGCGCUGCGAUAUCGCAAUGGUCUGGAACGGUGAAGCGUAUAUUUAGGUCGGCAUUAUCCGGUUCCAGCGAGUCUGACUUUGAGAGAGGGCGUCAAGGGGAGCAAACACAAUCUGCAUCCCACGUUAGACAGUCCUCCUCUCUGUCCCUUGAAUCCCUCGCUCGAUCUCCAAGGCCCACCACCCAUAGACUAGGACAGCAGCUCGUUCUUGCAAUCCAGAAAGCGAUUAAAGAUGCCGUCUCCGGGAAGCGCAAGAGAUAUAGCUAUGAGGAGUGGGUCUCGUUUAUCCGGUUGAUCCAGUUCACGCACGUCAAAGGUGACGCAGACGGAGAAGACGGCGAUGAAAGUAUUCGUCUCGACGAGGAUGAAUAUGGCCUGCUUAACUGGGACUGGAUCGGACAGCAUAGUCCCAUGUUGACCGAGAAGACAGAGCCGGAGUGGGUUCUUGAUCGGCUUUGCGAGAGUCUGGGGCGGCUUCUUGCUAGGGUUGAGCCGUGA